AUGGAUAUUGAUAUAGUUAAUGCAAUAUUACGAUUAUGUUUUGAACAACAGACAUGUCUUUUUGAAGUACCUAGUUUAUGUGAUUAUUGUCUUGAACAUCGUUUAUGUACGAAUUCGAAACAUGUACUUGCUAGUAUUAGAAAUUAUACUGAAAUAUUUAAAAUUAGUCGUGAUCAAAAUCGUAUUGAAUUUUUUAUGCCUUUUGAAAUAUGUCGAAAUAUUUUUCAUGAUGGUUUAUGUCAAAAUAAUGGUAAAUUAUGUUCAAAUUUACAUGUAUGUUAUGAAUAUUUUUAUACAAAUUCAUGUCGUCGUUCAAUAAAUUGUCCAUAUCCACAUAUUUUAACACAAAAAAAUCAUGAAAAUACACUUGGAAUAUUAAUUCAUCUUGAUUUAGAUGCAUUAACCAAAGCUUUUAGAGUUUAUUAUCAAUCAAAAAAACAUUUAUUAAAUUAUAGUUCAUCUGGUAUAUCAUCAUUCAAAGGACAAUCACCAAUACCAUCUUCAUCAUAUACAAAGAAUUCAUCAUUAUCUUCUUUUCCUUCUUCUUCUUCCUCCUCAUCGAAUAAUAAACGAUUGACAGUAGCUUCACAAAUUAAUAGUAAUACAUCUUGGAAGACUAAUAGUCGAACACCAUUAACUUCAACAAGUUUUUCUAUGCAGCAACAGAUUAUAAGUCAGAUUCCUGAAAAAGGUCUACAAAUAUAUUGGACACCCGACAAAGAUAUUGAAACCCAUUUCAUCGAAAUAGUCUUUAGUAAUAAUAGCAAAUCUGAUGGAGGUCAAAUACAAACACAUACAAUCUAUCAACAUUUAGGUAUUGCUCAAGUAUUUUAUAAAAAUUUAGAUACUGCUGAUCGAGUUAUGGAUCAUGGUUUUAUAACAUUUCAAUCAUUUACAUUUAUACCUCGUCUUCUACAACGAACAGUUGAUAUGCGUCAUGUAUGUUUUAUAAAUAUGUCUAUUGAAACAAAACGUAUACCAUUAUAUAUUGAUAUUGUUUCAAAACCUUAUAAAAAAAGUCAUUUUGAAUAUUAUCUAAAUGAUAAACAAACAAUUCUUGUUGAAUAUAAUGAAGAUAUUGAUUUUUCUAAGAUUUCUUCGAAUGUUCGAAAUUAUCCUGAAUAUGAUGGAUUACAAAUUAAAUGUAUUCAAUUAUAUUAUCCAGAAACAUUAUUAGUUGAAUAUGAUCAAGAAUAUUCUGAAUAUGAUAUUAAAAAUUUAUUUAAAAAUGAAAGAAUUUUUCAUAUUAAAACUUAUUCAUUUUGUGCUUUCGUACAUUUUUACUGUCAUGAUGAUCUCAUGCGUUCAAUUAAGACAUCAUUUGAUAAUCCUAUUCGAGUGACACCAAUUUAUAUAGAUAUAUAUUCCCAACGUCAUUUUGAUGAUUAUUUACAACGACGUCAUUCCGAAAUUCAAUCAAAACUUUUAUUAACUGAAAAUCAAUCAAUACCUACAACAAAUAAUAUUAUCACACAAGAAAUGUUAUCUUCCGUAGAUAAAAAUGAUUUACUUCUUGAACCUGAACCAUUCGUACCUAUUCUACCAUCAACAACAACUAAUCAACAAAUAGAAAUUUCCUCGGAAACUAUAUCAUCAAUUACUAUUGAACCUUCUCCUAUCGUAUCAUCAAAAUCAACAGAAAUUCUCUAUCCUAAAAUCGAAUCUAUAUGUACAAUUGAAGCAAAUGAUGAAAUUGAUUAUGAUAGUAGUGAUAGUAGUGAUAUUGAAACUAAUGAAAAUGAAAUACGAGCAAGUGAUGAUGAUUUUGAUGAUUUACCAUCAGAUUUUGAUAAUAAUGAUUUAUUUGUUGAUGAUUCAAUAUAUGAAUAUGGUGAUAUGGAAUUUCUUCGUAGUGCAGCAAAAAAUUUAAUGUCAUCAUUAACUGAAAUGGAAGAAGCUAGUGAUAAUAUUGAUCAUAUGGAUGAACCACAAUCAAUAUUAUAUGGUGAUGAUUAUGUUGUUACUAUAAAAUGUCGUCGUUUUGCAUUAGCUUUUCUUGAUUAUACACAAUUUCGUGUUGAAAAACAACGUAAUCCAGAUAGAUUUCGUUUAUUUUCAUCAUUAAAAAAAAGUAUUAAGAAUAAUAUAAAUCAUAAAAAACAAGAAAUAGACAAUAAAAAACAUAAUGAUACACCAUCAUCAAUAUCAAAUAUUGAUCCUGAUUUAUUAAUAUCAACAGAAACAAAAUCAAAUAAGAAAAAGCGUAAUAAAAGAAAUAAGAACAAAAAGAAAUUAACUAAUAAUCAUAAUGAUAAUAAAGAUAAAACUGAACGAACACCUGAAUCAAUUCAUGAAGAUGAUGAAGAUGAUAAUACUGUACAUGUUCUCAAUGAUCAAGGAUAUAAUAAAAAAGAUAUGUCAGUUCAACGAUUACCACAUGUCUAUCUUGAUGAUGAUCUUAAACCAUGUAUUGUCGUUGUUGGUGAAGAACAUCAUGAAGAAAAUGGAUCAGAAAAUAAUGAACAUGAAGAUUGGCAUAAUAUUAUUGCAGGUGGUAAACAAGUUUCAGUUUCAAAAAAGAAAAAAAUACAAUCAAAAAUUGAUUCUAAUGAACAUUCAAUAUCUUCAAAUCUUCCACUUACAACAAAUAUUCGUUCAAAACCUCAAGCAACUGUAGAUAAUUCAUUAAUUAUUCCAAAUAAUUGUCGUGGUUUUAUUCAUAAUCCAAAAUUAUAUGAAACAUUUCGUUUACGUUUACGUCGAUCAUUUUCAUCAAUAAAUAUACAUUUUCAAUUCGAUACAUAUACAAUAAUUAUUGAUGGAUAUAAUAAAUUAAAUAUUGAACAAUGUCUUAAUUAUCUUAAUAAACUUAAUUCAUAUAAACAUAUAAUAUUAAUAUCAUAUGAAAAUUUUCCUCGUACAACAACAACAAAUAUAAUGCGUAUGCAACAAUCAACAGCACAAAUAAAACUUGAUCGUAAAGCUAAUUAUAAUCGAAUAUUUCGUUCAACAUAUCGUCUUAUUGAUUAUCAUUUAAAACAAUUUUAUAAUCAACAACAAUGUAUUUAUUGUCGACGAUCAAAAAAACAAUUUCAAAUAACAUAUUUAGAAUUUCCAUGUGAAAAACAAACUAUAGAAGAAUUAAAUGAUCAAAUACAACAACGUAUUAUACAAUUAUUAAAUACACGUUUUACAUAUAUUGCUAUUGCAUUAUCAGCUGAUUUAUUAACAACAAAACGUUGGGCAAUAUUUUAUGAUAAUUUAUCUAAACAUAAAGAAUUAAAUAAAACAUUAUUAAUAAGAAAAAUUAAUACAAUUAUACAAGUUUAUGGUUUACAUACAAAUGUACAACAAAUACAAACAUUAUUAACAAAAUUUUUAGAUGCUAAUCGUUAUGAAACAGAUAUUAUUGAAACUGAACAGGCUAAUGGAAUAUUUUCUUUAUUCAAAAAUGAAUUUGAAGAAAUGAAAAAUCUUGAUAUAUUUCGUGAAGCUGAAUUACGUUUCAUUUAUCUUCAUCAUCGUCGUAUGUUACUUGUUCAAUGUUUUCAAGAAAAAUUUGAAAUGGUUAAAGGUCGAAUACAAAAAAUGCGCAGUCAACUUUCAACUACUCUUCUACCUGUUAAAUCACCUAUACUUAGUCGAUAUUAUUCAAAAUCAAAUGAAAGUCAACGUAUCGCUACAGCAUCAACAUGUAUUAUUACUGUUGAACCACGUAUUGAUCAUAAUCGACCAAAUGAUUAUUUAAUCAAUUUAAAAAUUAUCGGUCGAUCACCUGAGCAAAUAGCUACAGCACAAAAAUUGAUAAAAGAAUUCGAAGAACAAACAUAUUCUACACGAAAAAUCCAUAAUAAUGAUAUUGGUUUAUUCACUGAACAAGAUAUUGAAUUACUUCAAAAUAAAUGUAAUACAUGUAAUGUUUCAUGUACAAUUGAUCAGGCAAAUAAUUUAAUUGAAUUAGAAGGUCUUUCAGGAGAUUUUAUUCAAAUUGAAAAAAUGAUUUCUGAUUUAUGUUUAAUUGUUGCACAACGAACACUUGAUGAUAUACAAUAUUCCAUUCAAUGGAUAUAUUAUGAUACAUUAACAAAUAAACCUAUGAUAUAUGAUAGAAUAAUUAAACAACAAUUAGAAAAUUGUUAUACAAAAAAACAAAAAGGAUUAGUUAAUUUGAAAGAUCAACAAGGAUAUAAUCAUACAUUUAAUUUGGAUAAAAUGAUUGAAAUUAAAGAUGAAAAAAAUUCAAAUAUUUUACCAACAACUGUUAAAAUUGAACGACGUGAUUUCAAAAAUCAUCAAUCUAUACGACUUCCAGUACAUUGGACACCAAUGACAAAAAUUUGGGACCGCGUAUUAAUUGGUAGACGAGAUAAUAUAGUUGAAUGGAGUAUAUCUUUUUUAAUAAAUGAUAUAUAUAUAUAUAUUAAGACAUCACAUAUUUAUUUAGAAGCUAAUGCUGAAGUUCAAAUGUUACUUCAAUUACCAGACAUGCUAUCUGAAUCAUGGAUUAUCGAAAUUCAUCGUGUACAAAAUCCACGUUUGUUUCAACAAUAUAUUGCUUAUAAAGAAAAAUUAGCUGCACGAUCUCAAGAUACUGAACGUAUUCUUUAUCGUUUGGCACAAGGUCAUCUUAUUGAUGAUAUGUGUGCUAAUGGAUUCAAUCAAUCACAUACUGAUUCAGCUUUUUCUGCUUAUGGUCAUGGUUGUCAUUAUUAUUGUAAAGCAAAAGAAAUAAAUCGAACCGCAACAUUAUUAGCUCAAAAUCAUCAAACAAUACCAAUACGAUUACAACAACAAACAUUAGCAAAACCACAAAGACGUUAUUUAUUCGUAUGUAAAGUAUUAGUUGGUCGACAGAUACGUGGUGAUCCAUCAAUGAAAACAUGUCCACCUGGUUAUGAUUCGUUAGUUGAUAAUAUGACAUUACCAGAAGUUUUUGUACCAUCUUAUGAUGCACAAGUUUUACCAGAAUAUUUAAUUACUUAUCAAAGUGAUAUUUUCUAA